AAACUUUUUUCUCUUGGCGUGUACCUCGUUCAUUUAUUUGAUAUAUAUUUUUCCUUCGUAUUUCCUCCCCUUUUUCUUCUAGAGGUUUUGUUUUUUUGAUCGCCUUACUUAUUUUUAUUAAUUCCUAUUAGCAAUUCCACGCCGUUUAUAUUCCACUCUUUCUUUAAACACACACAACCACCCUGCAUCAAACAAAGCACGGCGAUUAUUCUGUCUGACUCGAUCCAGUUGUAUCCAUGAGCCAGCUAAUGCUUCGGGUCCUGCGGCCAUUCAGCCGCGCAGCACCUUUCAAAAUGAUCUACCAGCAGCCCAUACAAGCAUCGCCGCGGUCAUCGAUCCUCUACACAACACAGCAAAUCUCCGGCGGGAUCAGAUCCCUGCGCGCGUUCUCCCAGCAGGCAGUUGAAGCAGAUGCGGGCGUCAUCCAGCCACUUGGCGAGAGAACCUCCCUUUUUGCCUCUCCCGACGAGAGCCCUAUCUCUAUGCGCGACAUGCGCGAGGAUACCAGUAUGGUUCACUAUAUACAGACGGGAAAGUCCUUGACCGAGCAGCUAUCGGUUAUGCAGGCUUGUUUGAUGAAUGGCAAUGUUGAGAGGGCGCAGCGGAUUUUGAUUGGCAUGUACAAGUUGUACCCAAAGGCUAUGAAGGACGUGGCGGACGUUUCGGUGCACAAUGAGAUUUUGGGCGGGCUCAUGGCCGCGAAGCCGCAGCCGCUGUCUACCGAGGCACUGCUCUGGUAUGACCAGAUGGAGCGGCUGUAUAUGGUCAAGCCCAAUGCCAAUACAUUUGCUAUUUUGAUUCGCGGGUUUGUUGGGAACGGCAUGCAGAACGUUGGUGUUGUAUUGAUGCAGGAGAUGCUGCGGAGCGGCCACAGUUUCCACGACAUGCUGCUCAGCUCGUACCUUUCGGACAAGGACAUUGACAGUAUUAGAGACGUGGCGCGCGGCAUUUUGAACAGGGGGGCUGAGAACGCAGACGUGGCCACGAAACUUCUCGAUGCCGUGCAUGCAGCUGAAAUCAAGCUUAAAGACCUUGAGAACGAUCCUAGUGGCACCAGCAGCAGCAACGACGCCGAUCUGCACACAACAGCUGAGAAUGACACCGAGGGGUCCAAGGCGGCCAAGGGCAGCGUUUUCAAGCUUCAUUCGUCAAAGGUGCUCGGCAUCACCCAGCUGAAAGAUACCCUCCAGUCCCUAUACACCAACGAGCUUGAUGGCUACAACCUGCAGAUGCGACUGGAGCGCGACACGUACGAUGCAGCCAUCGCCCGCUCGCGCGAGAUCAACAAACAGCGCGGCGAUCCUCUGCUGCAGACAGACAUCAGCCGCCUAAAAAAGCUUACCGCUACAUGGCUCCCGCAGCUCGAGGCCCUCAUCGAGGAGGAGCAGGGUCGUUGCCUGCGCGCAAAGGAGAAUGCGGGCAACGACCGGGUGCGCGAGCAGUACGGCAAGUUCUUCAGCUGGCUGGACGCGCCCAAGAUUGCAAUCAUUACGAUUCUCGAGGCCCUGCGGCUGAACGCGAUCGAGCAGCGAACUAAUAGCAGCGAUAUGAUGCCAAAGUUUGUUGGUGUCAAGACCAUCACACUGGUGACCAGCCUCAGCAGCGCGGUCCACGACGAGAUCCGCUUCCAGCGCAUGAAGGACCGCACCAACCGGCACAUCAUCGGUCGCAACAUGUCGGUUGCCAAGCUCGCGUCGUCGGGAAAGCUGUUCAACAUGGCUGUGCGGCGAGCACAGGCGCACCAAAUGCGAGCAAACAGCAACCAGGAGUGGUUGGACUCCUGGGAUGUCACGACAAAGACACGAAUCGGAUCGCUGCUGAUCUCCAUGCUGAUUGAGGUGGCGCGCAUCGAGGAGACAUCCGUCGACCCGGUGACAGGAGAAAUGACUACGCGCAUGGCGCCAGCGUUCACGCACGACUAUAUUGUCAACCGCGGCCGCAAGUAUGGAGUAAUCAUUCCGCACAACCUUCUGCGCGAGAUGUUCAAGGAGGACUCGAUCGCCAGUACUGUCAGCGCACGCCACUUGCCCAUGCUAGUGCCGCCACGGCCCUGGCUGACGUACAACACGGGCGGCUACUUGACACACGACGAGCCCUGCAUGCGUAUGAAGGAGAGCAAUGAGCAGCUGCGCUACCUCAAGGUGGCUUCCAACGAGGACCGCCUGUACACACUGCUGGCUGGUCUGGAUUCGCUAGGCCUGACCAAGUGGGCCAUCAACCGCACGGUGUUCGAUGCCGUGCGCAAGGUAUGGAACUCUGGAGUGGAGCUCGCCGAGAUCCCGGCCAGCAGCUACGAUGUACCCGAACCAACCAAGCCCGCGGACUUCGACACCAACGACAAGGCCAAGCUCAAGUACUCUUUUGAGCUACGCGAGUGGAGGAAUGGCAGCUCCAACCAGCAUUCGCGGCGCUGUGAUUGCAACUACAAGGUCGAGAUUGCGCAAGCCUUCCUCAACCACCCGAUGUACUUCCCGCACAACAUGGAUUUCCGCGGCCGCGCCUAUCCAAUCCCGCCCCACUUCAACCACCUGGGCAACGAUCUCUGCCGCGGCUUGCUGCUGUUUGACGAGGGAAGGCCGCUGACCGAGCGCGGAGUGUACUGGCUCAAGAUUCAUCUGGCCAACUUGUACGGCAAGGACAAACUGUCGCACGAAGACAGGGUGAAUUUUGUUGACGAGAGCUACGACCGGAUUAUCGAAUCAGCAGACAACCCUGUUCCCGACAGCCUACUGAGCGGCGAAACCAACACGCCCCGGCCGUGGUGGCUUGAGGCCAGCGAUCCCUGGCAAGCGCUGUCCGCCUGCAUCGAGUUUGCUGCGGCGAUGCGCUCGCCAAACCCGGCUAAAUACGUCAGCCGGCUGCACAUCCAUCAAGACGGAACGUGCAAUGGUCUGCAGCACUACGCCGCGAUGGGCCGCGACCGCAAGGGUGCGCACGAGGUCAACCUUAUUCCGUCGGAAAAGCCGCAGGACGUGUAUCAGGGCAUCCUCAAUGUCGUCAAUCGGCUGAUCGACGAGGAUGCUUAUAAUGGUGUCAAGGAGGCAGUGGUGCUGAAGGGCAAGCUGACGCGCAAGAUCGUCAAGCAGACCGUCAUGACCAACGUGUAUGGCGUGACGCUGAUUGGCGCAAGGGAGCAGAUUUCGGCUCGUCUGCGCGAGGUCAAGGACGAGCACGGGGACCACGAGUUCGAGCUUGUCGACGUGUCCAAGCUAGCACUGUACGUGGCCAAGAAGAUCUUUGACUCUCUUGGCGAGAUGUUCACUCAGGCGCAGGAGAUCCAGAACUGGCUUAACGAGUCAGCGCGCCGCAUUGCCAAGAGCAUGCCCGAGUCGGCGCUGUCCACGUGGAAGCGCAUGAUCCUCGAGUCAAAGCAGUCGCAGGCCAAGCUGCGCGAGGCGCUGCGCGAUGCCAAGGAUAAUGACCGCGUGCUGGAGAAUGAGAAGGUUUUAGAGCUGCGGCCUGAUCUGGGUCCCGGAUCGACGCGGCGCAAGCGCCUCAACACGCUCGCCACCAAGCCCAUGACCACGGUCGUGUGGACGACGCCGCUCGGGCUGACAGUGGUCCAGCCUUACCGCAAGUUUGCCAUGCGCCAUGUGGCCACCGCCCUGCAGAGCAUCUCUGUGCGCGACGCAAAUAUGCCGUCACCCGUCAACUCGCAGAAGCAGAAGACCGCGUUCCCUCCCAACUUUGUGCACUCCCUGGAUGCUUCGCACAUGAUCCUGUCGGCCAUCGAGUGCAAGGUGGCCGGCCUGGUGUUUGCCUCGGUGCAUGACUCGUACUGGACCCACGCGUGUGACAUUGACAAGAUGAACAAGAUUCUGCGGGACCAGUUUGUUCAGCUGCACAAGCGCCCGAUCAUGGAUGAUCUCAAGGCUGAGUUUGAGAAGCGCUACGUUGACCACAAAAUGCCUGUCAUUCGCUGGGAGUACGUAAACAAGCCGGUAGGCUUUGGCGCCAAGAGAAAGGCCAAUUGCGUUUCGGCAAAGGAAGUUCGCGAGGAGAAGGAGCGGCUGAUUGAGGCCGAGCUUGCCAUGCACCACCUGGGCAUCUGCGGCGAGGCGGAUGCCGCCAGCGUCAAGGUUGAUGUCGUGCAGGCGGCUGCCGAAGAGGAGGUCAAGCCUGUGGAUGUUGAGGAGGUUGACUUGAGCUCUAUCGAUUUGAUCAACCCCCAUGAGGAUCCGCUUGGCGCCGCUUAUCAGUCCGACCAAAUCCACUACACGCUGACUUUAAACAAGGCACGGUUAGAAAAGGAGGGCAAGGCUUUGCGCAAAGAGAACAUGGCGAAAACCAGAGAGGCUCGGGCUAUUAUGAAGAGCGAAGAAAAGAUCAAGGCCAAGGCCAAGAGCGUGUCUAAGAAGGCGAGUGCUGCUGUAGCUGACAAAGACCCGGCGACAGGGACGACAACCACAAUCAUCGUCAAGGGGUCUAAACUCACGCCCGACUCUACGACCGAAGCUAUGGCUUUGCAGCUCGAGAAGAAGGUCUUUGAUAUCAAGAAGGAGCUCUCUGAGAAGAUCGCAGCUGCUGAGAAGAAGUACAUUACAAACUUCGAGCAGCCGCAGAUCAUGCUUUCAGAGACCCAGUCACCGGAUCAGUUGAAAAAGAUCGUGCGCAUGAUCAAGGACCGCAAGCUCGCGGGACGCCUGACUAAGCGCACUUUGUGGGUGGACAUUGAGUUCGACCAGCUGCCCAAGCACGGUGACUUUGAUCUGAGGGAGGUUUUGGACAGCCCGUACUUUUUCAGUUGAAUUUCAAGGGUAGGUCGCAGUUUGCAAUGGUGGAGAAAACCAGCAAUAUCAACAGCCGAUGCUUUCAGCGCAGUUUCGUGUAUUGUAAAAAU